UUGCCUUCCGCCUCCGUACUCUCGCUCGCGUAAUACUUUCCCCAUCUCCGCCCCAAAGCCCGAACGAACAAACUCAUCCCCUUCCGCUCCUCGUCUCCCUCCCCACCGCUGCCCCAGAUCGGCAGAUACAUCCCAUCCACCCGCAUGGCCAGCGCCUCCCCACGCAUCCCGGGGGUAGCGUCGUAGCAUGGGCCAGUCGCCCUCCUUCCCCCUCUCCAAAUCCAGCCCUCCCCCGCUUUGCCGCAGGUCGCUCUCCUCCUCCAUGGCGCCGCCGAUGCCCGCGCUCCCCGUGCCGGCGGGGAGCGGGAGCAUCGCACCCUUCGUGGCGCCCCCGCCCGCGCGCGACCACACGCAGGACCUCCCCGACGAGAUUCUCACGCUCGUCUUCGCGUCGCUCACCCCGGCCGAACGCAACGCCUGCUCCCUCGCCUGCGCGCGGUGGAAGGAGGUCGACGCCGCCACGCGCCACCGCCUCUCCCUGGAAGCGCGCGCCUUGCUGGGGGACGCCGCGCCGCAUCUGUUCGCCCGGUUCACGGCCGUCACGAAGCUCGCGCUUCGCUGCGCCCGCGGCUCGGGCGCCGACAGCCUCAGCGACGAAGGUGCCACGUUGGUGGCCGCCGCGCUGCCCUCGGACCGCCUGGCCAGGCUCAAGCUCAGGGGUCUCAGGCAGCUAUCCGACGCCGGGCUGGCGUCCCUCGUCGCCGCCGCGCCGGUGCUCCGCAAGCUCUCCGUCGCGUCCUGCACCUUCGGCCCCAAGGCCUUCGUCGCCGUGCUCAGGUCGUGCCCUCUCCUCGAAGACCUCUCUGUCAAGCGUCUCCGCGGCCUCACAGACACUUCCGGCGCUGUGACCGCCAUCACCGAGGAUAUCCUCUUCCCACCUGCCUCGUCGCUGCGCUCCGUGUGCCUCAAGGAUCUGUAUAGCGCCCUCUGCUUCGUGCCGCUGAUUGCGUCCUCACCCAACCUUCGCUCCCUCAAGAUCUUACGGUGCUCUGGCGCCUGGGACCAACCGUUGGAAGUCAUCGCCGCUCGUGCUCCUGGCCUUGUUGAGAUCCACCUUGAGAGGCUCCAGGUCGGCGACCGUGGCCUAAUGGCCGUCUCGGCCUGUACGAAUCUGGAGGUGCUGUUCCUUGUCAAGACCCCUGAGUGCACUGACGCAGGCAUAAUCAGUGUUGCACAAAACUGCCACAAACUGCGCAAGCUACAUAUUGAUGGGUGGCGCACAAACCGGAUUGGGGAUCAUGGGCUCAUGGCUGUUGCUCGAGGAUGCCCGGACCUUCAGGAGCUUGUCUUGAUAGGGGUCAACCCCACGGUGCAAAGCCUCCGGAUGCUUGGUGAACACUGCCGCAUGUUGGAGCGGCUCGCGCUUUGUGGCUGUGACACUGUAGGGGAUACUGAGAUUAUUUGCCUGGCUGAGCGCUGUGCUGCUCUCAAGAAGCUUUGCAUCAAGGGAUGCCCGGUCUCAGACCGUGGAAUGGGAGCACUGAAUGGGGGUUGUCCCAGUUUGGUCAAGGUCAAGUUGAAAAGGUGCCGUGGAGUAUCGUAUGCAUGUGUUGAACAUCUGAAGGUUGCCAGGGGAGAUUCGUUCUCGAUCAGCUUGGAUAUUGUUUUGGAGCAUGAUGCAGGGGGCGCGAGUGAAAAUGCUGUGCAAGAGACUGGACAAGUGCAGAUUACUGAGCUAACUGGUCAGAUGGCAGCCAUGGAUCUUCCUACUAAUGCUGCUGGUGCUCAAUCUUUUGCGCAGGCGAAUAGUAGGAUGAGGAGCGUCAUGUCAGCACUCAGGAGGAGGUUUGGCAAUCCUCCACCAAUGUGAUGUGAGAUGGAAAUCGAUGAACUCCUUUGUUGUUUUAUGGUUUCUAUUCUCAUAUUCCUGUUCCUUAGCUUAUCAUGUUCCUGUCAAGUUCAUGCAAAAUCUCAAGUAUGGAUAAUUCUGUGUCACUGUGUGUUAUUGUUCACCAAUACUUUUCCCUUGCUCUGAUUUUUAAUUGCUGUA